AAGAGAAGAAACGGACAGCACACCCAACCCGCCCGCCCGCCAGCUAGCCAGUCUGGAAGGGAAAGCCUUGAAGUCGGGUAUGUGCUGGUGCUGCACUGCUGCUGAUGGUGGACGUAGAACCAGCACCAGUGGUUGGGGAAUACGACGCUUUCCGUCCCCGAUCGCCUGCUUUCCCUUCAUCCCGUUCGCCUGCUCGGGCUCAGUUUGGAGGUGGUGCUAAUCUUCAUCUGUGUGUCUGAGCAGGACAUACUCACGUCAAGCUUCCGAACAUUCGCGGCCACGGUCUCGGAUCCUCGAGUAUGGCGAUCCGACGGUGGGCCGGCAGUUGCAUGGAGUGUUGGAAGGCAGGAUCGGACCCAACAUUGACGACGCUCUUCGGUGCUCGAUCUCGAGGGAAUAAUUCUGAGAGUUGGUGGACGAUCGGAAAUACUAGAAUACAGAGUGGGCCUCGACGUCCAGGCCCAGUGCGGAAUUCGGUCGAGCUCGUGUAGUAGUACUACUGCCGGACGAGUGACCGUUGUUUCCAAUUGUGGCUCGCCCCUGCUCUAUAUUCCUCAUCUACCGGGAUAAACGAUCCUCUGCUGUCGUGUAGGGGGCGCCGACCGCAGCUGCUGCUGGGCCAGUGAAAAUUUGAGAAUGGUGGGGUCCUUGUGCUGCAGGAGACGACGAACGGAAAGGAGGAGGCUAGUGAGCGAGUGAGGGAGAGGGUGUGUGUUUUUGUGUGUGCGCGAGAGAGAGAGAGAGAGAGUGUGAGUGAGAGUGAGUGAGUGAUGGACAGUGCUAAAGGCAACUGCGUUUGGCCUCUAGCGAGGCGCUCGGCCCUCAGUCAAUAAUAAUGACUCGCUCCGGGUAUUCAGGUCGCUCAGGAAGAGAGGAGUCAGAGGAGUGGACACUGGGAGGUCGGUCAGCGUGACUUCUGAGCUGCUCGGACACUACUUGUAAUGCUCAGAGCUCUUCCUCGUCAAGAGAUGGGGAGCAUUAGCAUUCGGUAGAGCUCUGGUCCUCAGAGCCAGUCUGACUGAAUCAGACAUCGAGGGAUUGCUCUCAGGUGGUAGCAGUGGCAGUGGCAGAGGCAGCGGCAGUAUCAGACUCAGUUUCAGUCAGGAACCGCGGACCUGGCCGACUCCAGUGGAGCAGCAGGAUGGCCAGAAUGGCUCAGUUUCUGACGCUGCUAUGUGCUUUCUCAGUCGUGGUUUCAUCCGCGGGCGCGAUUGGAAUCAACUAUGGGCAAGUCGCCAGUGAUCUGCCGGCUCCAGCGACGGUGCUGGCGCUGGUGAAAACGACGACCAUAAACAAAAUCAAGCUCUACAACGCCGACCCGGCCACCCUGAACGCAUUCGCAGGGUCCGGAAUCGACUUCAUCAUCGGCGCUGGCAACGAUCAGAUCACGCCCCUGGCCUCGGAUCCAGCCAUCGCCGUCCAGUGGGUGAAUGCGAACAUCGUCGCGUACCCGCAGACCUCCAUCGUCGCCGUCUGCCUGGGCAACGAGGUGCUGUCAUACGCCCCGGAGCUCGACGGGCUCCUGCUGCCUGCGCUGAAGAACUUGCACGCCGCCCUCGUCGCUGUGAAUCUGAGCGACAAGGUCAAGCUGUCGACGCCGCACUCUCUGGCCAUUCUCGCCAAAUCCUUCCCGCCGUCGCUCGGCACCUUCCACAUUCGCCAUGCGGAGGUCAUCACUCCCAUGCUCUCGUUCCUGGCCGAGACGGGGUCCCCAUUCAUGAUCAAUGCGUACCCAUACUUCGCCUAUGGCGCCAAUCCGAAGAACAUCUCGCUCGACUACGUUCUGUUCCAGCCCACGGCCAUUCCCGUCAAGGACAAGACGGCCAACCUCAUGUACUCCAACAUGCUCGAUGCGCAGAUCGACGCCAUUUACGCAGCGCUCGGGCGAAGCGGGUACACCAACAUUUCGGUGAUGGUGACGGAGACCGGAUGGCCCUCGGCUGGAGAGCCCGACGAGGUCGGCGCCACCAUCGCCAACGCGCAGUUGUACAACAGCGGACUGAUCAAGCACAUCGACUCCGGAUUGGGGACCCCGGCCCGGCCCAAUGUCACAGUGGAGACGUACAUCUUCGCCCUCUACAACGAGAAUCUGAAGCCUGGGCCGGCAUCCGAGCGCAAUUUCGGGCUCUUCCUGUCGAGCGGCGCUGCGGUUUACAGCUCGGGAUUGAAUACAGUUCCCAGCACCACGCCGCCUCCGUCUCCGCCCCCAGCCACAGGCCUGCCGCCGAUGAUCCCCGUCUCGCCGCCUCCACCAGUGGUCCCCGGUGUGCCCCCGACGGUGCCUGCAAUUCCUCCGCCAGUGACUCCCACUCCCGGCGGAUCGCCGCCCGUGCCGAUUCCUCCCCCGACGACUCCCGGCAUCCCCGUGGUGGCUUCGUGGUGCGUGGCCAAGGAGACGGCGGAUCCCGCAGCUCUGCAGGUCGGGAUCGAUUUCGCCUGCAGCGAGGGCCAGGCCAACUGUGGCCCCAUCCAAGCUGGCCAGGCCUGCUUCGAUCCCAACACUCUCGUCAACCACGCCUCGUUCGCCUACAACAGCUACUACCAAAUCAACAAUCGCAACUACUGGAAUUGCUUCUUCAACGACACCGGAAGGAUCGUCACGGUGGAUCCGAGUUUCGGGACAUGUACGUAUCCCUUGGGCGCGUAAGUCAGGAGAGGGAGGGAAGGAAUCCGAGAGGAUCUGCAAGCAAAUGUGAGGGAAAAGGAAGGGAGGGGGAGGGAGAGGGAGAGGGAGGGAAGGGAAGAAUCGAUGGAUCAAGGUUUUCUUGCUUGUCGUCGACGUAGACGUAUUGGUUUGUAUUGAGUUGCUUCUAUUUUUUCGAGUACUUUUUCUUUCUCUGCGGGAAGUCACAAGUCAGUCGUCAGUUUUCGACGAAAGUAGUUGUGGGGCACUAGCUCUCUGUCUGUCUAGAGUUUCAAGUUCAUUCGCCAACAUAUAUGAGCACUGUCCUCGUGGAUUGUGUCUGAGCCACCUAUUGUACUUUUACCGACGGGUACCUCACGUACCCUCUUACAAUACAUACGCAAAAAACCGUUGUGCAAAUCUACACAUGCCCCUCUCUCUCUCUCUGCUCUGACAUUGUGUUGAAUUUGCACAUAGUAUCUCCGCGUUUGUUCGCCUGAGAUUCCUUCUCGCAUGCACCGGUCGCUGCUGAUGCAAUGCCGAGGAAUUGUGGAAGCAUUUUGUACAGCAAGUCAUCGGCAUUCAUGGGUGAAAUUCGUCCGUUCAGAUCUUCAGGUAAAUUUUAGACUGGGGAUAGAUUCCACGAAUCUUUGGGAUAUCGUUUCUCGACAAACGAUAAGCUGCGUCUUCUGCUGGGCUGUGCUCGGCUCAGCUCAGCUCAGCAGAUCACAAGUGCAUCAGUGCAUCGUACUGUUCUGUACAAAAGCUGCAGCAGCAGGUACAGGGGGCGCUGUGGCUGGUCCUCAAUGGCGAGCGAGCGCCUGAGCCUGAGCCUGACCUGACCUGACCUGAACGACUGCUAAUCUCCUGACCAGCUGUCCGGGGCUACAACACGCCGGCAUCUUGCAGCAUGCCAACUGUGGCGUGGCCCACUUGCAGUUUCCCCUCUUCUUCUCUCGCAGAAUCUCGACUCCCCCCUGUCUGUUGUAUGGUUGUAUGGAUCGGGCGUCGCCUUGCUCCGAGGCCAGCAGCGAAUGGGGCCGGCCAAUCUGCAUUCGGGGCAGCAGGAAAAGCGUCAAAAAAGAGGAGCGAGGAGCACCGAAGGCUCUCCAUCGCAUCGCAUGCACGGAAGUCGAGACACCUCUUUCCGCCCGUUGUCGUUUCUUCAACGAACACGGUCGAGUGAAUGAGUGAGUGAGUGAGUAGUACACACGAGCUUCGAAAGUUGGUCAUGCAGC